UUGAAAAUCUGUUCCCUUUUUUUUCAUUUUUGAUCGAUGAACACAGAGUUUGACUCUUCGUUUUCUAGCUCUAGUCUCUUGUGCCAAGAAACUGAAGAAGCUUGUUUUUCUGAAACUGCAGCAACCGAAUGCUACGAAAGUGUUUAUUCCAACCAUUACAAAUCAUGUUUCGUUUCUGAGAAUGAAGACGAUGAGUUCAUCCAGAACUUGGUUGUAAGAGAAACCGAUGUGGGAUUCAAAACUAAUCCAUCCACCUGUAAAACCUGGCUGCAAUCUGCUCGUUUGGAUGCCAUUGAAUGGAUUUUCAACACGAGAGAAACCUUCGGAUUCCAAGUUCAUACAGCUUAUUUGUCUGUAACAUACUUUGAUCGAUUUAUUUCAAUAAGAUCUAUUGAUGAAGAGAAGUUAUGGGCUGUUCGAUUGUUGCCGAUAGCAUGUUUAUCACUGGCAGCAAAAAUGGAAGAAUGUGAAGUUCCCAUUUUGUCAGAGUUUCAUACAAAAGAUUAUCAAUUCCAGAACAAAGUGAUUCAAAGAAUGGAGUUAUUGGUACUCAGCACAUUGGAAUGGAAGAUGAAUCCCAUCACACCUUUCUCUUAUCUGCAUUACUUCAUCAGAAAAUUUCAUGCUGAAUCUUAUCCCAAAGGAUUAAUCUCCAAAGCUCUGGAACUAAUCAUAGCCAUCACCAAAGAAUUGGAUGUUUUCAAAUGCAGAAAUCAAUUUGGUGGAUCAUCGACCGUCGAUUGUUGCUGCAGCUGCAGUGUUAGCUGCUUCAAACAGUGGAUUCACAAGAAGAGCGAUGGAGGUGGAGAUUGAUUUCAUUUCAUUGUGG